CACGCCUUUCCCACCUUUUCCCUCAUUGCACCACAACACGCCAGCCUCGCUCUAUCCCAGGGCAGUACCGGCAUCCCCAUGGACCGGCAUCUCUCGUAGCCAUUGUGCCCGGCAGCUUCCUGCUGCAGCUCCAUCGAAAACCCCCCGUAGCUCAAGCGAUUCAGCUUACGAACCCACGCUUGCGAAAGCAAACACAGCAGAACCCGCUCGGCCAGCCACAUCAAUUGACUCACAAUGGCAUCGCGAUGGGCGACACCCGCGAGGGUUGCCCGCCGGAGCAUCCGGACCACCAGAUUCUCUCCUGCUGUGCGACACCCGUACAUCUUACUCAACUCUCCCACCUCGACCGAGACCUCCCUACUUUCAAUACGCCUGUACUCUUCAAGUACGAGCUCCCAGCCAAACUCGACAGCUCCAAAGGGCAAUACUGCCAGCAAAAAAUCCGAUGAAAAGACGAGUGCUGCGUCUGGCAGUUCGGCCAGGGGCCCGAGCCCGUCGACAACGUCUGAAUCAACAGAUACAUACUGGGAGGACGAGCCGAACUACGACAUAGAAAAGUUUACCGAGCUCCCCUACACGAACUUUGGGGUCAAUCAGCACAUGAUCAUUGAUAGAGAGUUCAAGGAGGUCAUGCGCCAGCUCUUGUGGAAAUUCAGAGCACCGAUUCGUUACGCAUUUGCCUAUGGCUCAGGCGUCUUCCCACAGUCCAAGAACAACACCGCCACCGAGGCCGACAUCCGGGCAAUCCAUCCGAAAGCUCCUGCGGCAGUCGUCAAGGCGCAGACUGGCGGCCCCAAGAUGAUUGACUUCAUCUUUGGCGUUGGCCACACACAGCACUGGCACUCUCUGAACAUGAGACAGUAUCCAGAUCACUACUCGGCACUUGGCUCACUGGGCUCAGGAGCGGUUUCGCACGUCCAGGACAAGUGGGGUGCCGGCGUCUACUUCCAUCCGUACAUUACGGUCGAGGGAGUCAUGAUCAAAUAUGGAGUAGUGAAUAUCGACACCCUGUGCAGAGACCUCAGCGAGUGGGACACGCUGUAUCUUGCUGGUCGCCUUCACAAGCCUGUCAAGAUCCUGCGCGACAACCCGAGAGUGCGGCUUGCUAAUCAGGUCAACUUGAUCUCUGCCCUGCGAACAGCACUGUUGAUGUUGCCAGAGUCGUUCACAGAGCAGCAGCUAUACGCCACUAUCGCCAGUAUCAGUUACUUGGGCGAUGUGCGCAUGGCGUUCCCCACCGAGGACCCCAGAAAAGUCGCCAAUAUUGUCAACAACAAUAUGGUCAACUUCCGCCGUCUAUACGUGCCACUGAUCGAGUCCCUGCCGAAUGCGAGGUUCAUGGACCCGAGGUGCAGCAACCCGGACUGGAUUUUCGAUGGCGAUGCGACGGUCAGUCUGCAGCAAGAUAUGGAUCCGUUCAGGCGAGGCAACAUGGUUCGCCGCCUUCCGAAAUCGUUCCGCUCAAAGUUGUAUUUCGAGUACCAGAAGAAAUUCCAGAUACCUCAGCUCGAGUUCAACAAGAUGAUGGAGGAGAGCAACGACGACGACAUUGGCUCAUUCAAAAAACAGCAGGGCGGCGGUUUUGAACAGCGCAUUGCCCAAGAUUCCCCCGAAGAGUUGCGAAACACCAUUAGGGGGGUCAUCAAAAAGACUAUUGGUUGGCCGAGCACCAGCCAGUCGAUCAAGGCCAUCCUGACAGCAGGUGUCAGCAGGAGCAUGAGGUAUCUGGGCGAAAAGAUGGCCAAGUACAAAAAGGGUAGCAGCUCAUCUGCGGAAGAAAAGAAGGAGUGAGCUGCGAAUGACUGCAGACAAUAGGCACCGUCGCUCAUGAGCAUCCCACCCCAAGCAAACCCGCCCACAUAUGCUUAAAGUGCACGAAGAGACGCGAUGUUUCGACCCAAACAUGACCACAACCGCCAUAUCACAGCGCGUGCCCGGGCCUGCACUUACAUUCUCAUGCGGAGAGAAUAAGCAAACGCAUGCCCAGGCGGUGAUGAUGGAGUACAGCAAUCCAAAAGCACAAAAUGUAGAAUAGCCAUGUGUGUGAAUAUAGCUAAAUCGACCAGCAUCUUUGUCGAGGGGGUUCGAAUGCAUGACGAGCUGUCAAAGUCAAUCGCCUGCUUAAAGCUAGUUUGCUGGGGAAGCGGGUCGAGCCGAGUCGGCA